AUGAUUGAAAUUGGUGGUGUGAUAUCUGAGCUUGGCUCAUAUGUUGGAGGCUAUGUGAAUGAAAUUAAUGUGACGCUGAGUGAAACCCUUCUGCACAACAACAACCCUGCUCCUCCGUCGCCGCCUGCCGCGAAUCGGGAUGUGGGACGCUUAGUCUCGGGGCAUAGGCCACCAGUUUUCGCUGGAGAGGAGGAUCCCGUGUUACUUGAGGAGUGGAUCCGGUCUCUCAAUAAGAUCUUCGCCGUUGUGGGUUGUCCUGAGGAUCGCCGCGUGGAGUUGGCUUCUUUCUACUUCAGCCACGAGGCCGAUCUCUGGUGGGUGCACGAGGGUCCCGCGUGCCAAGAAGAGCCUGGUUUCGAUUGGUCGGCCCUGAAUGACAAGAUGAGGGAGAGGUUCUAUCUAUCUCACGUCCGAGCGUCCAUGUACAAGGAGUUCUUACAUCUUCAACAUGGGUCGUCAUCUGUGGUGGAAUACCACAAGCUCUUCUUGGAGCUUGCCCGUUUUGCCCAGAUGUUGGUUCCCACCGAGCUAGCGAAGGUGGAGAAGUUUGUGGCGGGGCUCAAUUACGAAGCCCGGAAGGCGUUAACCGUGACCAAGCCUAGAACUUUGAAUAAAGCCUAUCUGAGCGCAGCCGAUCUGUAUCGAGUGCAGCAGCUUCAGCGGGGGUCUUUUAGGUUCACCAAGAAAAGAAAUGAAGGAAGUGGGUCCUACAGCUACAAGAAACCGAUGUGA